AUGGGAAAUCACUCCACAUCAAAAUCACUUCCCCUCCUCACUCUCCACCUCAUCAUACUCCUUUCCUUCCCCCUCGUAAAACCCGGGUCGUCGUGCCACCCAACCGACAAACAAGCCCUCCUCGAGUUCAAGAAAAUGAUAACCGACGACCCGUCCCACCUCCUCGAAACGUGGCGCCCAAACAACGACUGUUGCGACGAAUUUAAGGGAGUGUCGUGUGAUCGCAAAACGGGUCGGGUCGAUGGCCUCGUCCUCAUCAUAGACGGUGACCCCGACAACUUUACCAUGUCCGGAAAACUCUCCCCUUUCCUCGGCAACCUCACUUCCCUCCGACAACUCGACAUCAGCAACUUCAAAUACCUAAGUGGGCCCAUCCCCACCGAACUCGGCCGCCUGGCCCACCUGACUUACGUGUUCCUCAAAGAAAACAACCUCACGGGCCCGAUUCCCGCCACCUUCCGGAACCUGACCUGUUUACAAAGAUUGAUUCUUGACAACAACUUCCUUUCGGGCCAAAUCCCAUCCGACCUUUUCAUCGGUAUGACCUCGCUGACGGAUUUGGGCCUCUCGUCCAAUGCAUUUUCUGGCCCGAUACCUCCGUCGGUCGGGAAAUUGGCCUCGCUCGCCAGCCUCAAUCUCUACGGGAACAACUUCUCGGGAAACUUGCCCGAAACAAUCGGCAAGCUCAGAAAUCUAAUGUACGCCAAUUUUUCCAGCAAUCAGAUGACCGGAAAAAUCCCAGAGUCCAUCAGCAGACUUCAUUUGCUCGCUGCUUUGUACCUCGACAACAACAGCUUCACUGGAGAAAUCCCUUUCUCCAUCGGCCAGCUCAGAUCACUGAGUUUGGGAAAUCUGAAGAAGUUACAGAGACUGAAUUUAGCAAGCAACCAACUUUCAGGCCCGAUCCCAUAUGAGUUCCUUAACUUAAAGCUCCUACAAAUUCUUGACAUGUCUUUCAAUCCUCUAGGGCUCAAUAAAUUUCCCGAUUGGCUUAAAAGUCUAAGCCUUUAUGAACUGCGGCUCGCGAGCACAGGACUCGAGGGAGAACUGCCCAACAGCUUAUCUUCAUUUUCUUCCCUAUAUGUUCUUGAUUUAUCGAGUAAUUCCCUAAAAGGGAAACUACCUUCAUGGAUUGGAAACAUGACAAACCUUUCCUAUCUAAAUUUGUCCAACAAUCAUUUCGACUCCUCUGUUCCAGUCGAGUUCAAGAACCUCGUCUCCUUAACCUACCUCGAUCUCCACUCUAACAGCCUCUCGGGAAAUUUAAACGCGUUUUUCGAAAAACAGUCCCAACAUUUGCACGGGCUAUACUCCUCGAUCAACCUUUCUAACAACAUGUUUCGUGGGCCCAUAGACGACGACAUCGGGGACAAGCCUGUAAUGAAAGAAGUCGAGACUUUGAUUUUGUCCGGCAACCCUUUGGGCGGUAAAAUACCGACAUCGCUCGGGAAGUUGAGAUAUUUGAGGAGGCUCGAGAUGGAGAAAAACGGGCUCAUAGGUGGAAUACCGAAAUCGCUCGGGAAUGCAAAUAGACUCGAGGCAAUUCUUUUGUCGGUGAACGAAUUGAGUGGCGGGAUCCCUAAGGAGGUUUUGAAUCUCGAGCAUCUCAACAGUUUUAAUGUCUCGUACAAUCGUUUGAGCGGGAAAAUACCGGCUCAUAAGGUGCAUAUUCCGGCCUCGGCUUUCGAGGGGAAUGCCGGUUUGUGUGGGGAACCGCUUCCUCCGUGUAAGAAGUAG